UGUUUAUGCUUAAAAUAAAUAUAAAUUAUAUGCAACAUUUACACAAUAUUUGUAUUAGAGCAAUGGCGUCUAUAUCCAAACAAACUAAGCUAACUUUGUCCAGUAAAUUGGCUAAGCAGAAUAAAGUCGUUAAGCCAAAAGCUAUAAUAACGAAACAAGAUACAAGGCUCUUGGACAUUGAGGAUUUGCCAGGAUCUGUUCCACGCUACUUUUCACCUGUGCAAACACGUAGUCAACGUCAGGUGAACAAUGCCGGAAUCAAAAUAAAAAUGACCGACAAAAAAGCUCGUCAAAUUGUUAAAAAAGAUAAUGCAGAUAAAGAUUUAAAAUCCACAGAGAUUAAAAUCUGUUCAGCGACAAUUAUAAAAUGUGAAGUAGUGCCAGAAUCUUCGCUCCUUGAAGAUAAAAGAAUUAGCCUUACUUCAGUUAAAAUGGAGGUUGAAAGUCCCAAUGCAAAUUGGUGGCAACAGUUGGAAAAUGUGCGUUUAAUGCGUGCGGAAAAACCCGCCCCAGUGGACUCUCUGGGAUGUCAUCAAUGUGCCGAUAAAGAUGCUGAUGAAAAGACACAAAGAUUCCACAAAUUGGUGGCACUUAUGUUGUCCAGUCAAACUAAAGAUGAAACCACGUUCGAGGCAAUGAACCGUUUAAAGACGAUAUCAUUAACACCCGGCAGUGUAAAGGAUAUGCCCAUUGGCGACUUGGAAAAGCUGCUUCAUCCUGUGUCUUUCUACAAGAACAAGGCCAAGUAUCUGAAACAAACCUCGCAAAUCCUGAUUGACAAAUACAAUGCGGAUAUUCCAGACAACAUACAGGAAUUAUUGAAGCUUCCCGGAGUUGGUCCCAAAAUGGGACACAUUUGCAUGGCAACGGCUUGGAAUAAAGUGACCGGCAUUGGAGUCGAUACCCAUGUUCAUCGCAUUGCCAAUCGUUUGGCUUGGCUUAAGCAACCCACCAAGGAACCGGAGCAAACGCGCAUUCAGCUGGAAAGCUGGUUACCAAAACAUCUUUGGGCAGAGGUUAAUCAUCUAUUUGUCGGAUUUGGACAGACCAUUUGCACGCCUCUUCGACCCAAUUGUGGCGAAUGUCUCAAUAAACACAUCUGUCCGGCAUCAACAGCUUCCAAGAAAUCCUAAAUGAUUGAUUCACCAAUAUCCUAAAUCGAAUUAGAAGUUAGGUUGUAAAUUUGUUAUUAUCAAGAAAUAGCUUAUGAUGUUAAAAUGAAAGGAGGCAUCCUGUUGUUACCUAAAUUUAAGUAUUUAAGGAAUUCACAAUUUUUAAUUUUUUUUUCACUUUUGUUUGUUAUGAUUUGAAGUUAUUUUAAGGAGUUAAGCCAUACUUCUCAGUUCUUCAAAUUAAAAUACAAUUUCACGGAGUUAUAUAACAUUAUUUAAUUAAUAAUUAAUUUAAAAUAAUAUGCAAACUUUUGCUUACUGAAUUUAGGGACUUAAGCGAUUUAAUAUUGUUCAUUAUAUUUUCAUAUUAAUCUGUAAUUAUUAAGAUAUAAGAUCCCCAAAUAAUUUAAGUGCUCCUUGGAUCUCAAGUGUUUUACUUGAAGGAACUUGAGUUUUUUUCAAUAAAAUAUGUAAAUUCAUUAUGAAUUUAUAAAAAAAUUUUAAA